AUGGGACUUACUUCAAUUGUUUGUAUUGCUCAAGAUUAUAUUCAAGGAAAACCUGCGGAUGAUGUACGAUUACGUAAAGCCAUACUUGAACUAUCUGACAAUAAAAUCGAAUAUCUUGCAGGGUAUUUACCUCUCAUACCAGGAAUGCCAGUUUUACUCACAGAAAACAUCGCUACUGAGCUCGGACUCUCUAAUGGCACACGAGGAACCUUCCGUCAACUUGUAUAUGAUGAACCACCUGAAGAUGUUCGAUACCACGAUCAGAAUUUUCUAUCAAAUACCAAGUUUAUAACGCAACCGAAGUGCGCUUUAGUAGAAUUUCUUGGUUGCAAACUUGAUGACAAACUUGCUGAACUGCAGUCCAAAAUAGUUCCUAUAGCUAUUAGUGAAUAA